AUGUCGGCCGCUAUGGAUAGAGCCUUAAUGGCUCUCUCUUUGGAAGAGGAGGACGAACCGUUUGAAAUGCCAGAUCUACCAGGUUUCUGUUCCAAUAAGAAGAACGAGCUGAGCCUGGAACACGACCUGUUGGAUGUACUUGAGAAAGGGUUCCAUACCUUCAACGAAUGGGCGUUGGCUAUUGAAAGAUGGGUGGAAGAUCCGCCAGACGACUACUUGCAAUACAUUCCUCUUUGGAUUCGAAUAAGCAACAUACCCAUGAACUACUAUACGGAGGAAGCCAUAAUGGCGCUUGGGGAUCUGGUAGGGGAAGUAAAAGAAAUCAUCUUUGAUCCGUCGAAACCCCAGACUCAACCGUAUGAAAGGGUUCAGGUGAAGUUCAAUGUUGCGAACCCUCUAAGGAUGUCGAAGAUAGUCAAGAUAAAAGGAGGAAAGUCGGUAACUAUACAUUUCAACUACGAGCGGAUUCAGAAGCGCUGCUUCACUUGCCAGAGGCUGAAUCACGAGCAGAGUAUUUGUCCCUUGGUGGUGAAAAGGAGGAAGGAGGAAGCUUUGGCAAGACGUCAUAAGAUCUCUAAGGAACUGGAGUUGAAAAAGAUGGUCUUAGAGGAGGAUGAUCCACUUUUUGGAGUGCUGAAAGAAGAUCAGGUGGGAAUUAACUCGGCCACGGAAAGACCGAAAAUAGCAAAAGAGGUCUUGGAUGAGAUGAGGCAAUAUUUGUUAAUGGCCACAGAUGAAGACAGACUGAUUAGAGAAGAGAGAGUAAAGUCUUAUGUGGCUGCGGUAGAAAAAGACCAUGUUUUACAACGUACGGUCCUUCGUUUGGAACCACCCCCGAUUCGAUCUCAAGAUUUUAACAAAGGCAAAGGAAUAGUGUUUACCUAUGAGGCAAACAACAAAAAACCGUCUGGAAGAGAUCAGUCAGAGAAGCUGAUGGCUUCAGCAAUUAGAGCGGGAACGGCGGGGAGGUGGAAUGCCAGCACCAUCUCCAGUGCAGAAAGUGAUGGAGCAAACUUCUAUGGUGACUUUAUUGGCUCUUCUGAUAGCUCAACGGUCUUUAGCACUGGUUUUUCGGAACCAUGUACUUCAGCUGGGGCUAAAAAGAAAACCUAUCAACGUAGGAGGCCUCCGAAAUCAAGAAGAAAACCGAGACUCUUAACUGCUGUUGAUAAGCAGGAAGGUGUUCUAUGGGAUAAAUCAGCUGAUAAGAGAGUGGAAGGGUGCAAGAAGAGAAAGGUAGAGUCUGAAGUUGGGGAGCUUCUAGUCUCGGCGAAGUCUAAAACCCCAAAGGUGAUCCCAAGGGAGGGAUCGCCCACUCUUUAA